AUGAGCGACAAUACUACAAAACCCGAGGAGACGUCUCAAGCCGCACCAGCAGCCGAUGUGGCAACACAAUCGCAAGAUGGUGAAGCUCCCAAGCCAAAGACCGCAAAGGAGUUGGAAAAGGAAAGAAAGAAAGCUGAGAAAUUGGCCAAGUUCAACGCUAAAAAGGCGAAACAAACUGAAACUACCAAGGCCAAGUCCGAUGAGGCCAAGAAGCCCAAGAAGGACAAUAAGAAACAAGAAAGUACCCCAGCUCCAGAAUACAUAGAUGAAACUAAACCCGGCGACAAAAAGAUUUUGGCUUCGUUGGACGACCCUUCUUUCAAAGCGUACAACCCUAAAAACGUGGAAAGUUCGUGGUACGCAUGGUGGGAUAAGCAAGGGUUUUUCCAACCUGAACUUACCGAGUCAGGCGAAAUCAAACCGGAAGGGGUUUUUUCUAUCCCAUGCCCACCACCUAACGUUACGGGCGCAUUGCAUAUUGGACAUGCGUUAACGGUGUCUAUCCAGGACACUUUGAUCAGGUGGAACAGAAUGCAAGGAAAGACCACUUUAUUCAUCCCUGGAUUUGACCAUGCUGGUAUUGCAACUCAGUCAGUUGUUGAAAAGCAAAUUUGGGCUAAGGAGAAAAAGACAAGACACGAUUAUGGCCGUGAGAAGUUUGUUGAAAAAGUGUGGGAGUGGAAAGAGGAAUAUCACAGCAGAAUCAAGAACCAGUUCAAGAAAUUGGGAGCUUCGUAUGACUGGACUAGAGAGCGUUUUACCUUGAACCCCGAUUUGUCGGAAGCUGUUACUGAAGCCUUUGUCAAGAUGCACGAAGAUGGUACCAUCUACAGAGCUUCGAGGUUGGUGAACUGGUCAGUCAAAUUAAACACCGCCAUCUCAAACUUGGAAGUGGAUAAUAAAAACAUCGCGGGAAGAACAUUGUUGUCUGUGCCGGGAUACGACGACAAGAUUGAGUUUGGUACUUUGACAUCUUUCUCGUAUCCCGUUGAAAACUCUGAUGAAAAGCUUACUGUUGCCACCACCAGACCUGAAACCAUAUUUGGUGACACUGGUGUUGCUGUUCACCCCAACGAUCCAAGGUAUACCCAUUUGCAUGGGAAAUUUGUCCAGCACCCAUUUUUGGAUAGAAAAUUACCCAUCAUCACCGAUUCCGAGGCCAUCGAUAUGGAGUUUGGUACCGGUGCAGUCAAAAUCACGCCUGCUCACGAUCAAAACGAUUACAAUACCGGUAAGAGAAACGACUUGGAGUUUAUCAACAUUUACACCGAUGAUGGGUUUUUGAAUGAAAAUUGUGGCGCCGAAUGGCAAGGCAUGAAGAGAUUUGAUGCCAGGGCCAAGGUCAUUGAGGAAUUGAAGGCCAAGGGUUUAUUUGUCGAGCAAAAGGACAAUGAAAUGACCAUCCCCACGUGUUCGAGAUCGGGCGAUAUCAUUGAGCCCUUGUUGAAACCACAAUGGUAUGUCAACCAACAGGAAAUGGCCAAGGAUGCCAUUGCUGCUGUGAAAAACGGUGAUAUUGUCAUUACUCCCAAGACCUCGGAAUCCGAGUACUUUCAAUGGUUGGAAAACAUUCAAGAUUGGUGUAUCUCGCGUCAAUUAUGGUGGGGCCACAGAUGUCCCGUGUAUUUUGUAAAUAUCGAAGGCGAGGAACAUGACAGAUUGGACAACGAUUACUGGGUUUCAGGGAGAAACAAAGAAGAAGCGUUGAAAAAGGCCAAUGAGAAAUUUGCGGGAAAGAAACGUUUCACUUUGGAACAAGAUGAAGAUGUGUUGGACACUUGGUUUUCAUCUGGGUUAUGGGCCAUCUCCACUUUGGGAUGGCCUAAGCAAACUAGAGAUUUGGAACUUUUCAGCCCCAUGUCGAUGUUGGAGACUGGCUGGGACAUUCUUUUCUUUUGGGUUUCCAGAAUGAUCUUGGUGUCGUUGAAGUUGACCGGCAAAGUUCCCUUUAAGGAGGUGUUUUGCCAUUCGUUGGUUAGAGAUGCCCAAGGCCGUAAAAUGUCCAAAUCUCUUGGUAACGUUAUUGACCCAUUGGAUGUCAUUACCGGUAUCCCACUCCAAGGGUUGCAUGACAAGUUGUUGACUGGUAAUUUGGAUCCAAGAGAAUUGGAAAAGGCUAUGGAGGGACAAAAGACUUCGUACCCUAAUGGAAUCCCCGAGUGCGGUACCGAUGCUUUGAGAUUUGCCUUGUGUGCCUACUCGACUGGAGGCAGAGACAUUAACUUGGACAUCUUGAGGGUUGAAGGUUACCGUAAAUUUUGUAACAAGAUUUACCAAGCCACGAAAUUCGUGUUGGGUAAAUUGGGUGAUUCCUACGUGCCACCCAAGACUGCUGCGCUUUUAGGUUCGGAGUCCUUAGUUGAAAAAUGGAUCUUGGAUAAACUAAAUAACGCUGCUCAAAACACCAACGAAUCCUUGCAAGGACGUAAUUUCGGCGAUGCAACUAACCACAUUUACAACUACUGGUACGACCUUUGUGAUGUUUACAUUGAAAACUCCAAGGCCUUGAUACAAGAUGGAACUCCCGAGCAAAAGAAAUCGGCCCAGGAUACGCUUUACACUGCAAUUGAUGGUGCCUUGAGGUUGAUCCACCCAUUCAUGCCAUUUGUCACCGAGGAGAUGUGGCAAAGAUUACCCAGACGUGAAGGUGACGAGACUCAAACCGUUAGCAAAGCCAAAUACCCACAAUUCAUUGAAGAGUUUAGCAACCCUGAAGCCUCCAAGGCUUAUGACUUGGUCAUUGAAAUCACCAAAGGAGCCAGGUCGUUGUUAUCGCAGUACAACAUUCUCAAGAAUGGCCAAGUGUUUGUAGAGUCGAGCAACGAGAGCAUAUACAAGAUUGCCUCCGAACAGCAGGACUCGAUUGUUUCGUUGAUCAAGGGCGUUGAGCAGAUUGCAGUAGUUGAAUCGGCUGCAAAAGUGCCAUCUGGAUGCGCGUUGCAAGCCAUUGGACCAGACUGUACCGUGCAUGUCCUUGUCAAGGGCCAAAUUGAUUUGGACUCGGAAAUCGCCAAGGUUGAAAAGAGAUUGAAUGCUGCACGCGAGGUGAAGAAGAAGAAUGACGAAGCGAUCAGCAAGUUUACUGAAAAGACUAAUCCUGCGGCCGUUGAGAGUGCCCAGCAAAGAUUGGAGAAAGUCGCUGCCGAGAUUGAAGGGUACAAACAAACGAUUGCCAUUUUGGAGAAGUUGAAGCUUUAG